GCUGUCUCUUAUACACAUCUAGAUGUGUAUAAGAGACAGCCUCCUCCGCCGCCCUACCUUUGUCCUCCUCCUCCCCAUCCUCCUCCUCUUCAUCUUCUUCCUCCUCCUCCUCCUCCUCCUCCUCCUCCUCCUCAUUGUCUUUAUAGGGGCUGAGAUCCCUGUUUGCGAUGUGUUGAUCGUGUCAUGCUGGGAAAGAUGUCAACCAAGCAUCUUACAAAGCAGAUUAAGCUCCACUUCAUCGUAGAGGGCACCGUAGGGAAGUUUGCAUUCAAGGGAUCAAAGCACUGGAAGUGCAAGUCCUGUGAGCAUCAUUUUACCGGGACUGCGACGAAGCUCAGGGCUCACUUCCUCGACAAGUGUAGCCUUGACUGUUGCAUGACAAAAAUGCCAGUGGAGAAGAGGGCGAGGAGGGAAGAGGGGAUAUGGCGGGGGAAGUGGCUUGCUCGUGUGUUGAUGUACGGAGAGGCCAGAGGGUCCGGCCCCAGCAAUUCGCGGACCGCCGCCGGUGACGUCCCUGAGUUUCCUAGCUCACAGGUGGGUGCAGUAGGCAUCAGUGGCAAAACACCCACGCCUCAGUCGACCGCAGACACAGUUCUUGGAUCGAAGUGUUCCAAGGCAAUUCCAAGGGGACCUUUGCGACAAACAUUGAUCGAGGAGGCUGACAGUGUCAUCACGCAGAAUGAGCGGACGAGUCGGUUUCUCGACAGGUUUCUGACCUGCACGAACCAGGCGUUCAGUUUAGUGGAGGAUGAAUACUUCCUGAAGUUCAUCGACGCAGUGAAGAAGGCCCAUUUGACGUGGAUGUCGUGCAAAAGGGAUGAACAAAGGACAAAAUGUUUGGAUGCUCACUAUGAGCGAGUAGGGGCGGAGGUGCAUUCCCUGAUCCAGAAGUGGAAGAAGACCGGGUGUAUGCUGCAGAUGGACGGGUGGUCCAACCGCCGGAAUAAGCCCCAUCUAAAUGUCAUGGUGUCCUCGCCCGUCGUUACGGUCUUCUUGAAGUCUGUGUGCAUGGAGGGCAAGGACAAGGACGCCGAAGCUUACUUUCGUGUCUUGGAUAGGGUCAUCGAAGAGAUCAGAUCGGAUGUAGUCGUCGGCGUCGUCAUGGACAAUGCAAGGGUGUGCGUCAAGGCAAGGAAGAUGAUGGAGGCCGGCUAUGCUAACAUCUAUUGCGUUGGAUGUGCUGCGCGUGAGCUCGACCUUGUGCUGGAGGACAUGUACAAGGACACGACUUGGAUGGCGGAGGUGGUUGAUGCUGAGAACAGGGUCGGCAACAAGGCGAGGGCUAUACCAAUUGGUGGCAUUCCACGAGGUGGCGGCUAUCAUUCUCGACAAGGGCGGUUCUGGAGCAACCUCAACAAGGCGCUCGAUGUGAUGCAGCCUGUGGUUGAGCUGCUUCGGCUGGUGGAUGAUCAAGGACCGACCAUUUUGAAGGCAGAACGCAGAGCACGGAAGGCCAUAGAGAAGGCGGCCAAGGCAGCAGCUGAUGCCGCUGCAGCGAAAGCUGCUGCGAUCAAAGCCGUUGCGGACAAAUCCAAAGCAGCAGCGAGAGCCGGUGCAAGGAAUGCUGCCGCAGGCAAGACGAAGAGAGUCGCCUUCAUAAAUGAUGACGACGAUGAUGAUAUCCUGGAAGACAUCCGGGGAGACGAAGAGCUCAAACGCUCAGCAUCGACUUCUUCCAGCUCAAGUUCCUCAUCGGAGUUCAGUGUGGGGGAGGGAAUGGAGGGUGACGAGAAAGGAGUAGGCCAGCGUCUAGUAAGUUGUCCAGAGCUUGCUUGUGUUAGGGUCUCUUUAGGCGCUUCCCUCACAGGCUUAGCCGAUGAACUGAGAGAGAGGAGGCAAGCUUGGGCCAAGAUGAAGAAGGAUAGUAAAGGACAGCUAAUCCUCGCAGAUGUAGAGAUAUUUAGAGCUAGAGUAGGAGCCCUCAUAGACAGCGGGGCGACUAGGAGCUAUAUUAGUCGUAAAGCGCUGAGGAAGUUGAAGUUGAACCUAAAGGUCCAACGACUAGAAGAGCCUGUGGUCAGCAUCCUCGCAGACAAUAGUAGGAUGCGCGUCGAAGAGUAUGUUGAGGGGGUUCACGCCUACUUUCGCCUAGAGAAAGAUGGCAAGGUAGAGAAGGUACUGCACUCCCUGACCCUCCUUGUAGAAGAGAGUCUCCCGUUUGACAUAGUUUUAGGCACAGAUUGGGGAGAGGCAGCAGGAGCCACACUUCACCUCAGAGAGCAUGAGUGUACGCUCCCUAGUGCGUCAGGCGAAGUCAAGAAAGUCCGCCUGUUCCAUGAGUCCGGGGUAGAUAAUCCCCUUGCCCAUUGUUGCCUCAGCGCUCCUUCAUUCGCCUGGCUUGUGCGAAAGGAGCAGCUUGAAGAGCAGGUGUUCGUGGCCUAUGUUAGGCCAGUGUCCGAUCAGCCUAAGGAGGAAGAAAAGAUCCAUCCUUGGCUAGAUAGGUUCGUCGUAGUUUACCUAGACAAUAUCCUAGUGUUCAGCAAGACCCUCGAGGAACAUGAGGGCCAUCUACGGCAGAUUCUAAGUAAGCUCAGAGAGUCUAACUUUAAGAUUAACCCGAAGAAGUGCGAAUGGGCCAAGACACAGGUCCUUUACCUAGGCCAUGUACUAGACGACGAUGGCAUUCCGCCUGAGGACAGCAAGAUACCAUCCAUCAGAGAUUGGCCAACUCCUAAGAAACUAACAGAGUUGCGUUCUUUCUUAGGACUGGCUAACUACUACAGGAAGUUCAUGAGGAACUUCUCUACGAUCGCUGCUCCCCGUCGUAGACUAUUGAAGAAAGAAGCUAUCUGGAAGUGGGAUCAGGAUUGUACGUCAGCCUUCAAGAAAUUGAAGAAGGCUUCGAUAGAGUACCCUGUUCUCAAAGUUAUCGAUCCAUCAUUGCCAUUUGUUAUUACUACAGACGCGAGUCAGUAUGGCAUAGGUGUCGUUCUACAGCAAGAUGACGGCAACGGGUAUAGGCCCGUAGAGUUCAUGUCACCCAGGCUGCCUUCAGAGAAAGUCGCCGCAUCGACAUACGAGAGGGAACUCUACGCUCUCAGGCAGGCUCUAAAGCACUGGAAACACUACCUGCUUGGGAGGCACUUCAAGGUUUAUUCAGACCACGAGACUCUUAGAUGGCUAAAGACACAGGCCAAGAUGACGCCCAAGUUGACCAGAUGGGCUGCUGAGAUAGACCAGUAUGACUUUGAGUUAAAACCCGUUAAAGGCAAGUACAACGUGGUAGCUGAUGCGCUAAGCAGGAGAUCUGAUUAUUUCGGUGCGAUAGUACACUAUCUAGACAUAGGGGCCGAUCUACAGCAGAAAGUAAGAGAUGCCUAUGCACAGGACCCAAUCUACAGUGAGCUGCUCAAAAGAGAAAAGGAAGCCCCAGAUAGUGAGCCACACUACCGGACCACGAAUGGGCUAGUGUUUGAAAAGACUAAUGUCGCUGACAGGCUAUGCGUCCCCAAUAGUGAAGAGAUCCGUAGUCUGAUCUUAGGGGAAUGCCACGAUACAGAAGGGCACUUUGGAUGGCAGAAGACUUUAGCUAACCUGAUGAUGUCCUAUACGUGGCCAGGCAUGAAAGCAGACUGCAUAGAAUAUGUGCGCAGUUGCGAAGUGUGUCAGCGUAAUAAAGCUACAACUAGAGCCCCCCUGGGUCUUCUUAGACCCUUGCCUAUUCCCUCCGGACCCGGAGAUUCAGUGUCCAUUGACUUCAUGGAUACUGGAGUCAGAAGCAGACAUGGAAAAACUCAAGUCAUGGUCAUGGUAGACAGAUUUAGUAAGUAUGCAGUAUUUGUUCCCUUGCCUUCAGAGGCCCGUACAGAGCUAGUUAUAAGGAAGUUCUUCGAUUUCUGGGUAAGCGAGAAUGGUAUGCCAUUGUCCAUAGUGCCUGGAGACGAAGUGGGCAGUGAAGAAGACAGCGGCCAUAGCUGGCCAGUGGGGUAGAUGUCGGCGGCCAUAGCCACCCAGCUGUUGGUGAAGACAAGUGUUCAGAGUGUGUGAGGCUGUGCUGAGUGGGGACGUACGUGCACGCAUGAGACAGUGAGGGAGAGAGUGAGGCUGGUGGUAGAGACCGUGUUCGGCGGCCAUAGCCGCAAGUUGUGCAGCUGUUAAGAUUGAGUUUAAGACAAGUUCAUUGUUGUUUUUUUGAGUUGAAAGAGUUCAGUCUUGCCGGGGUUUAUUGUUGUGAGCAAGUCCAGAGUUGAGUCUGAUUGCAGUUUCCCUACUAGUCAGUAAAAUGGCACUGCAGCA